AUGCUCCUGUUUUAUGAUAGCUUUGCAUUAAGACAUUGGUUUCGUGAAGGAUUUCGGGGAACAGUAUAUCUUGGAGUGCCACUCUUAAUGCUUAUUUUGGGCAAUAUGCCAUCUACGCCAGAAUAUGUUCAUAAUAUGGUGAGAGAUCGUUAUUUAAAGUCAACAGGAGAUGAUAUAGGUGAAUUCAAUGCUAGAACUCCAGUGAAGCCGAUUGAUUAA